AUGGUGUCGGACGGGACCCAGUGCGACCCCGUCAGUGGCAACUGCUUCUGCAAGCGCUUGGUGACCGGCCGAAGCUGUGACCAGUGCCUGCCCGAACACUGGGCUCUCAGCCACGACCUGCUCGGCUGCCGCUCAUGUGACUGCGACGUGGGAGGUGCCCACAACAACCAGUGUGCCGCCGAGACGGGGCAGUGCCACUGCCGCAGCCACAUGGUGGGCCGGACGUGCAGCCAGGUGGAGCCCGGCUUCUACCUCUCCCUCCUGGACCACUGCACCUACGAGGCGGAGGAGGCCCGGCUGCGCCAGGGCGUGGUGGUGGAGCGGGCGCAGCCCACGGACCGGCCAGCCACGUGGACGGGGGCAGGGUUUGCCCACGUGCCAGAGGGCGGGGCCGUGGAGUUCCUGAUCAGCGACGUGCCCGCCUCCAUGGAGUACGACGUGGUGAUCCGCUACGAGCCCCAG